AGAGAGACAGACAGAGAGAGACAGAGAGAGAGACAGACAGAGUAUACUACUGAACUAUCUGUCUCGUGGAGGAACAGACAGAGAGAGACAGAAUACUACAUGUGUCUGUCUGACCGUGUGUCAUGUGUUACCAUGACGAGAGAAGCACUCAUCAAACUCUUCAUCCUCAUCCUCCUCGCCUUCAUCAUCUGUCUCCCAGAGUUCUUCACUUCACACAGAGCGAGGGUAAACUUCCACUGUGUGACCUUUGACCCCUGUGGGGACCAGGAAGCGCCAACGCAGUGCGACCCCGGGCCGACCCCUGCAGAACAGAACUCCAACCGGAGCGUCGAGGAGAAGCCCGUCUGUAACACCGGGAGGACGGGUUCUGGAGUGAGCUGGUUGCUGUGUGACACGGAGACGGACCCGCCCACUCUCCGUGGCAACGCCUCGCUGUCAGGAAGGAGGGUGGCGCUAUCAGUGUUGUCUGAAGGAGGGAACGCGACUUUGUACAGCUUCCUGACAGAGGAGAAGAAAGAGGGGGAGGAAAAAGAACAAGGAUUCAUCUACUGCUGUUUUCGAACCCCGCCCCUUUCCAUACCAACCAAUCACAGCCAGUGUCUCCUUCAUCUCCACACCCAAGGAACCAAUCAGACAGCUGUAAAGUCUGACCUGCCCUGGACACAGCCACCUAGAAGUGAGUGGUUGUGUGUCUUCAGGGUGGCGUGGUUGGUCCUGGUGGUUGUGGUCAUGUUGACCGUCCUCACCACGGCCCUGGGUCUGAUCUACUGGAGGACUCGCUGCUGUCGAAAGGAGCCCAGAGUGUAUCCAGCCAGUGUGUUCCAGACCAGAGGAUUCAACACGGACCUCCCUGAGGUCUCUGUUUCACUAAAUCACUCCUCAGGUACCUCUCUCUGCCCCCUCCCAGAGGAGCCCAGUGGGUUCCGGACCAGAGGAUUCAACACGGACCUCCCUGAUGUCUCUGUUUCACUAAAUCACUCCUCAGAACUGCUGCUCAGGACAACAUACUGGACAGGCCUGUUGUCACCUAUUCAUGAAGAGAAGACUGCAGAGGACGAGCCUCGUCAGGGUUACUACGGUAAUGACACAGCGCUCCACCACCGUGGCCACCCUCUCCACUCAUCCCUUUCUCCUGAAGAGCUCUAGAUGAACAGAGCAGAAGACAGGAACACCAAGACAUUACUUCCUUUUAACAUCAGUUUUUUUAAUUUUAUGAAUGGUGUCUCGGAAUGGUGUCCCUGAAUAGGGUCCCUGAAUGCUGUCUUGAUGGGGGGGUUUAUUGCCCUCCUCCUGGGUCCUGGAGAUCCUCAAAAGACCCCUGAAGGACAUUUCCCCCCCGCCACGAGUACAACGGCUAUUUUAGGAUUAGGGGAAAAUAGGAUUUUUUAUGGAAAAACAGUGUGUGUGUGUGUGUGUGUGUGUGUGUGUGUGUGUGUGUGUGUGUGUGUGUGUGUGUGUGUGUGUGUGUGUGUGUGUGUGUGUGUGUGUGUGUGUGUGUGUGUGUGUGUGUGUGUGUGUUUGUGUGUGUGUGUGUGUGUGUGUGUGUGUAUAUAUAAAGACAUGGCUCUGAAACAGAUAAAAGGUUUAAAAAGGUGUUUUUAUUUUUCGUUGUUGGUAUUUUGUGAUUAAAGGUUCCGUUGUCAGAUUCCAUCUCCGUUACCAUAGCAGCAGAUUAAUAAAUGAUCCAACAACGACUUAAUAAACCAGUGGACCUAAAAACAAUAAACACAUAGAAAUAUAGAG